AUGACGUCAGCCGUGGAGCGUACAGAUGACCUGGUGAGAGAGUACCUCACUUUCCGAGGUUUUACCAACACCUUGAAAUACUUUGAAGCAGAUAUUAAGGCUGACAAGGAGAAAGGCUUCCGGGUGGACAGGAUUGUGGAACAGCUGUUGCAGUUUAUCCAGAGUUAUGACCUUAAUGGACUUCUGGAAUACUGGGGCUAUCUGGAACGACGUCUUUUCAGCAGAUUGGAGGAUGUGUAUCGGCCAACUGUCAACAAACUGAAAACUAGCUUAUUCCGCUAUUACCUUGUCUGCACCAUACAGUGCAGUCGGGCAGACAAGGCACAUGACUUCUUCCAAAAACAAGCACCGGAGCUUCAAAACCAGGCUGAGUGGAAAGAAUGGUUCGCUCUCCCUUUCCUCCCAGCACCUGAUGCCAAUCCGACUUUUUCCACAUACUUUUCCCGGCAGUGGGCGGACACCUUCACAGUAUCACUGCACAAUUUUCUGAGCGUCCUCUUCCAGUGCAUGCCUGUCCCGACUAUUCUCUGCUUUGACAUGGAAUUUCAGAGAAUUCUACACAUCCAGGAGGAGAAUGAGGCACUAAGACAGAAGAUCUUUGCUCUUCAGGCGGAGGCUCACAGACUAAGAAAAGAAGGUGACGAUGGCCCCAUAGUGCAUCACAAGCUGCCUCACUAUGUCUCCAACAUGGAUCGGCUGGGGGACUCUGAGCUUCUUAGUAACAUGGUAUCAAGUCAAAGGAAUGCCGGAUCAACAGUCCAGUCACAAAGGUCCUCUGGUUUCCUCUCCUCCUUGCUCCCACAGAGUAAAAAAGCUGUGCCUUCCAGGCCUCCGCCAGCCUCCAUAUCCUCACCGACGCAGAGUUCCACUGCUCUCCCACUCAAGAAGGAGCCAGUAAACAAUCAGGCCCAAAAAACUAAAGAGGUGCUUAGUCUACCCAAGGAGGUGAAGAGCGUGCAGAGUGUUCUUGGUGUGCCCAGCGCCAGCGAUCCGACUGCUUUGCAGCAGAGACAGCGACGGCUGCAGGAGAGGAAAGAGCUUCUCUCUAAGACACCUUCUCAGCAAAGCACAGAGAAGAAGCCUGAAAUUUCAGAACCAGAACCUGAGCUUCGCCCCGAAACCCAGCAAGACCAGGUAGAAGCAUUGAUGAGGGGUGUCGGGGGAAACGGUGCAAGAGGAGAGAAAUCCGAGCAACCCUUCAUAGUGCUAAGCCAGGAUGAAUAUGGAGAGCACCACUCCUCCAUCAUGCAUUGCAGGGUGGAUUGCUCAGGAAGACGGGUAGCCAGUUUGGAUGUUGAUGGUGUGAUUAAAGUGUGGUCCAUUGAUGGUAUCAUGCAGACCAAGGCAUCCGCCAUCUCGAAGUCUGCUCUGCUGUCUCUGGAGUGGGCAACAAAGAGAGACAGACUGCUCUUACUGGGCAGCGAGGUUGGUACCGUCCGCCUGUAUGACACAGAAGCAAAGAAGAACUUGUGUGAGAUCAGUAUUGUUGAUGAUAUGCCGAGAAUCCUAUCUCUGGCGUGCAACCCCAGCGGGACUUCCUUUGUAUGUUCGGCAGCAGCAGCAUGCUCACCUACUCAAACAGAACCAUCAGUCCCUGGUUUAGGGGAGAAUGGGAUCAACCAAGUGCCAGGGAGGUUACUGCUGUGGGACACAAAAACCAUGAAACAACAGCUUCAGUUCUCCUUGGAACCUUCGCCCAUCGCUGUGAACUGCACAUCAUUCAAUCACAAUGGCAACUUACUUGUGACCGGGGCUGCAGAUGGCGUUAUCAGGUUGUUUGACAUGCAGCAGCAUCAGUGUGCCAUGAGCUGGAAGGCGCAUAAGGGGGAAGUUUAUUCCGUUGACUUCAGCUAUGAUGAGAAUGCCGUGUACAGCAUCGGAGAAGAUGGGAAGUUCAUCCAGUGGAAUAUUCACAAGAGUGGUCAGAAAGUGUCAGAAUAUUCACUGCCAUCUGAUGCCACCGGCCCCUUUAUGCUCUCUGGUUACAGCGGCUACAAGCAAGUUCAGUUCCCCAGGGGCAGGCUCUUCGCUUUUGAUUCAGAAGGCAGAUACAUGCUCACUUGCUCGAGCAAUGGAGGAGUUAUUUAUAAGCUUAACAGUGACGGUAGUACAUUAGAGAACUGCCUGUCUCUGGGCGGACACAGGGCCCCUGUUGUGACGGUGGACUGGAGCACGGCAGUGGAAUGUGGCACAUGCCUAACAGCCUCAAUGGAUGGGAAAAUCAGACUGACCACUUUACUGGCUCAGAAAGCUUAA